AUGAAACGUUAUAGUUCAUAUGGAACAAAAAAAGCAUUAUAUGUCCAUUUAUUAAAUUUAACAGGACUUCUAAAUUAUGAUACGAGAGCGUACGUCACGUCUCUUUAUUUACCAGGAUAUUACAACGCUGUUGAAAUGUCUUUUACGGAAGAAAAUGAGUUUGCCACCCUUUUUGAGAAUUUAUUAAAAUGUAUUGAGAAAUGUCAUUUACACCAACCAAACCAAUUGUUGAAAGAUAGUAAUUUCCGUAAUGAUAUAACAAAAUGUGAUUUGUGUAAAGGAGCAUUUUUAUACUCUAACAUGAAAUUCGAUGAAGUUCCUUCGAUGGUACAGAAAUUUUACGUAUAUUUAACUAAAGGUCUCAAAAUACAAAAAGUAUCAUCACUAAUGAAAACAUUAGAUGUCUAUCAAGAGUACAAUAUUUCGAACAAAAAUAUUGCUGAAGCAAUGUAUUUAAAUAUAAAAGAUGAAGAUACGUUCAACAGAACGGUCGUAACGAACUAUUGGUUCCCUUCACCUAUAAAAAAAUAUUAUACUUUAUAUGUUAGGAAACAUAUUCCAAACAAUUUAGUAGAUGAAUUGGAAAAAUUAAUGAAAAGUGGAACAUUAGAUAAAAUGAAAAAAUCGCUUACAUUUUUGGUUCAUGUCAACUCGUUUCUCCAACUAGAUUUUUUCCACCAAUUGAAUGAACCGCCUUUAGGAUUACCAAGAUCAUAUCCUUUAUCGUUAAUUCUCGAACAUAAAUUUAAAGAUUGGAUGAUCAGUUCGCCCGCAGG